AUGUCGAGCAAAUCCACCAUCAGGACCCAAAGCAGCAGCCACCGUGGCUUCAGUGCCAGCUCAGCCAGAGUCCCUGGGGUCAGCCGCUCUGGCUUCAGCAGUGUCUCCGUGUGCCGCUCCAGGGGCAGUGGAGGCCUCGGUGGAGUGUGUGGAGGAGCUGGCUUUGGCAGCAGGAGCCUCUAUGGCCUGGGGGGCUCCAAGAGGAUUUCCAUCGGAGGUGGCAGCUGUGCCAUCAGUGGAGGAUAUGGUGGCAGAGUUGGAGGUGGCUUUGGCUUUGGAGGUGGAGCCGGGAGUGGAUUUGGUUUUGGCGGUGGAUCUGGUGGUGGCUUUGGGCUCGGUGGUGGAGCUGGCUUUGGUGGUGGCUAUGGGGGCGCUGGCUUCCCUGUGUGCCCCCCUGGAGGCAUCCAAGAGGUCACGAUCAACCAGAAUCUCCUCACUCCUCUGAACCUGCAAAUCGACCCCACCAUCCAGCGGGUGAGGACUGAGGAGCGGGAGCAGAUCAAGACCCUCAACAACAAGUUCGCCUCCUUCAUUGACAAGGUGCGCUUCCUGGAGCAGCAGAACAAGGUUUUGGACACCAAGUGGACCCUGCUGCAGGAGCAGGGCACCAAGACCGUGAGGCAGAACCUGGAGCCUUUGUUUGAGCAGUACAUUAACAACCUCAGGAGACAGCUGGACAGUAUCCUUGGGGAGAGAGGCCGCCUGGACUCAGAGCUCAGAGGCAUGCAGGACAUGGUGGAGGACUUCAAGAACAAAUAUGAAGAUGAAAUCAACAAGCGCACUGCUGCGGAGAAUGAAUUUGUGACUCUGAAGAAGGAUGUGGAUGCUGCCUACAUGAAUAAGGUUGAACUACAAGCCAAGGUAGAUGCUCUCAUGGAUGAGAUCAACUUCACCAGAGCCUUCUAUGAAGCCGAACUGGCUCAGAUGCAGACGCACAUCUCAGACACUUCUGUGGUCCUUUCCAUGGACAACAACCGUGACCUGGACCUGGACAGCAUCAUUGCUGAAGUCAAGGCCCAAUAUGAGGAGAUUGCUCAGAGGAGCCGGACUGAGGCUGAGUCCUGGUACCAGAGCAAGUAUGAGGAGCUUCAGGUCACAGCUGGCAGACACGGAGAUGACCUGCGCAACACCAAGCAGGAGAUUGCUGAGAUCAACCGCAUGAUCCAGAGGCUGAGAUCUGAGAUUGACCAUGUCAAGAAACAGUGCGCCAACCUGCAGGCCGCCAUUGCUGAUGCUGAGCAGCGUGGAGAGCUGGCCCUCAAGGAUGCCAAGAGUAAGCUGGUUGAGCUGGAAGAUGCCCUGCAGAAAGCCAAGCAGGACAUGGCCCGGCUCCUGAAGGAGUACCAGGAGCUGAUGAAUGUCAAGCUGGCCCUGGAUGUGGAGAUUGCCACCUACAGGAAGCUGCUGGAAGGCGAGGAGUGCAGGCUGAGUGGGGAAGGUGUUGGACCAGUCAACAUCUCUGUGGUGCAGUCCACCAUCUCCAGUGGUUAUGGCAGUGCUGGUGGUGUUGGCAGUGGCUUUGGCCUGGGAGGAGGCAGCGGCUACUCCUAUGGCAGUGGUCACAGCCUUGGAGGUGGCUUCAGUUCUGGCAGUGGCAGAGGCUUCGGAGGUGGCCUCAGCUCUGCUGGGGGCAGCAGUUCCACCAUCAAAUACAGCACCACCUCAUCCACCACAAGGAAGGGCUACAAGCACUGAAGUCCUCCCAUUGGCUCUUGGUCCCACAUUGUCUUUGCAGCUGCAUGGUCCUCUCUUCAGGUUGCUUCUUGUCUCCUGUCUCAGAUUUCUCUUGGCCCCUGGGUUAAGCUGGAAUUGCCUAGUCCUCAUUUCCUCUAUCAAUUCCUGUUAGAUCUGAGCUUUCAUUACUCACCCUAAGAAGGUCAACAAUCAAUGUCACGCAGACAUGUAGACAUCUUUUUGAUGUUCCCAUAUUAUUAUCAGAUAUAUCAGUCUGCCAUAAUUCUGGUAAGAAAAUGACGUAUGCCCCAUGAAAAUUGAAACUUGAUCUACAUCAUCUACAGACUGGGGAAUCUUACCUUUGAUGUCUGACUUCCCUGCUCAUUAUAACUCCACACAGGAGUUGCCCUUAGGACAAAUAAGUUAUCUUCCCAUCAGUGUCCAUAGAUGGUAUUGACACAACACUCUCAUGUACAGAGUUAUAUCCCUGCAAUAUUUUUCUCUGCUCUUUGCUUUCUUUUGUUGUGUUCAAUAAAGCAUAUUUCUAAUACAAAGA